AUGGGGUCGAAUAUUGUUGUUCUUGGAGCUGGAGUCAGCGGCUUGACUACUGCCUUGACGCUUGCGAAGAAUGGCGGCCACAAGAUUACGAUCAUCGCCAAGCACAUGCCGGGUGACUACGAUAUCGAAUACGCUUCGCCUUGGGCCGGUGCAAACAGCCUUCCCGUCGCCAAGCAAGGCACGCCGUCGCAGGGUUAUGAGCGAGCAACAUGGCCAGAGCUUGAAAAGCUUGCCAGAGACGUCCCUGAGGCUGGUAUUCACUUCCAAGACACCCGCGUGUACCGACGGACGAAGGACGCCAACUCGCCAGUCGGCGAUUGGUUCGCAGAACUUGUCAAGGAGGAUCCGUGGUUCAAGGACCUUCUUCCAAACUUCAGAAAGGUGACGGGCUCAGAACUCCCAACUGGCAUGGACGGCGCAAGCGCUUUCACGUCCGUCUGCAUCAACACCGCUCUGUACUUGCCUUAUCUCACAUCGCAAUGCCUCAAGCACGGCGUUGUCGUUCGAAGGGGAAUUGUUGAGCACAUCACGGAGGCUGCCAGUUUACACCACAGCGGCAAGCCGGCAGAUCUGAUUGUCAACUGCACUGGCCUGUCCUCACUCCGGUUGGGUGGCGUUGAGGACAAAAACCUCUACCCAGGACGCGGACAGAUCGUAAUCGUACGCAACGACCCUGGCGUGAUGGCAUCGACGUCGGGCACAGAUGACGGUCCAGACGAGGCCGUGUACAUCAUGCAACGAGCUGCUGGAGGCGGCACCAUUCUCGGCGGCUGCCUGCAAAAGGACAAGUGGGAGAGUCAGCCAGACCCUAGCCUGGCCAAUCGAAUCAUGAAGCGUGCAGUCGAGCUCUGCCCGCAGCUUGUGCCCGAAGGAAAGGGUGCUGAAGGCCUCAGUGUUAUCCGGCAUGGUGUUGGUCUACGGCCGAUGCGAAAUGGUGGCAUUAGGAUUGAGAGGGAGACCAUUACAGGUCCUGAUGGACGGAAGGUCGCGGUCGUGCAUAAUUAUGGCCAUGGUGGGUAUGGAUAUCAGACGUCGUUUGGUUGCUCGCAGGCGGCUGAGAAGUUGGUGAACGAGGCUCUGCAGCAGAAGGCGAAGCUGUGA